CUGCUGGCCGCUGAGGUUCACUGGAAGGGGAAGAAAUGCCUUGCUCAAAGGCAGCUCAGUAAAAACUCCUGAGGGAGAGGAGAGCAGCCGCUUUACCAACUUUGUCAAGAUUUUCUCAGGACUACUGUGAUUCCCUGCCUCUUACUCCUAAAUCAGGUGAGUCUCUUACCUGCAAAGUGACUGCUGAGAAUAAAUCUGAGCUGAGCCUGUGAUCGGUCAUGGCAGACUGGAGCCUGCUGGGAAACUUCUUGGAGGAGGUACAAGAGCACUCUACCUCUGUCGGCAAGGUGUGGCUGACCAUCCUGUAUUUCCGUAUCCUGGUGCUCGGUACUGCUGCCGAGUCAUCAUGGGGAGACGAACAGGAAGAUUUUGACUGUGACACUGAACAGCCGGGUUGCGAGAACGUUUGUUACGAUCAAGCUUUCCCUAUCGCACAUAUACGAUACUGGGUGCUCCAGAUUGUGUUUGUGUCCACUCCAAGUCUGAUCUACAUGGGCCACGCCAUGCACACUGUUCGCAGAGAGGAGAAGAGGAGCAGCAGAGGAGGGGGAGGGAGGGAGGAGGACCCAGGAGGAGGUGACGGGAGGAGGAGGAGGAGAGGAGGAGAGGAGGGGAGGAGAAAACAGGGGAGGGAAGGAGAGGAGGUUGAAGGAAAUGAGAAAAGCGAAGGUCCAUCAGCAGGUCGAAUCCGUCUGAAGGGAGCGCUGCUGAAGACCUACAUACUGAGUAUUCUGAUACGAAGCAUCAUGGAG